AUGAAAAUUCAGCAGAACGAUGGGAGAUGGAUUGAUACGGAGUCUGACAUCAAGACGAUAAUUAGAGACUUCUUCAUAAAUGUCUAUAGGAAAUGUGCAACAGUAGGAGAGGAUGAAGUGGCAUUAUCUUGUCUAUUAUCCAAAGUAAAGGAGGAUGGGAAGAUUUCAGGGAUGAAAAUGUCUAAAUUUACUCCAACUAUUACUAAUGUUUUGUUUGCUGAUGACACUCUUUUAUUUGGUACUGCUAAAAGAGCUGAAGCUUCUAAUUUGCAGGCUAUUAUUCAUAAACACACCCCACCAAAUCUUAAAAGAUUAAUCUUGGAGACUCUUGGCAUGCAAGGAAUGCGAUUCAAUGAGAAAUACCUAGGCCUCCCAACAUUGUGGGGAAAAUCAAAGAAACAGGUUUUAAAGUUUAUUCACGAGAGAUUGAUUGCAAAAACACAAUCCUGGAGACAAAAACUGCUUUCACAGGCUGGAAGGAAAGUGCUUAUCAAAUCAGUUCUUAAUGCUAUCCCCACUUAUGCUAUGGCUAUUCUCAAGUUUCCUAAGUCCUUCUAUACUCAACUAAAUAAGAUUGUAUCUAGAUUCUGGUGGGGGAGUAAAAAUAAUGAGAAGAAAAUGGCUUGGAUCAGCUGGAAAAAGACAUGCCUCUCAAAGUUUCAAGGGAGAAUAGGAUUCAAGGAUUUUGAAUUGUUCAACCUUGCAUGCCUAGCAAAGCAAAGUUGGAGGCUGGCCACCAAACCAAAUUGCAUAUGGGCAAGAGUUUUGAAGGGAUUAUAUUUCCCCAGAUCUUCCUUUUGGGAAGCUAGAAGAAGGCAACGCAGGUCUUGGAUUUGGCAAGGCAUUCUAGCAGGCAGAGAAGUCCUUCAAGGGGGAACUCGUAUGAAUAUUGGAGAUGGCUCAGACCCUUGGAUACCAAUGGCUCCCAACUUCAAGGUGGACAGGCCUACAAUUUGUCCUCCUAAUGUUAAUAUGGUCAGUGACUUGAUAGAUCAUGACAGGCUACAGUGGAAGGAAAAUCUAGUUAACCAAUUAUUCAAUGAGUAUCAGAAGGAGAGGAAUAAAGCUGUCUUUGAAGGAGCUUCUCCAGACCCUAUUGCUUCUGUUAGGAUUAUUCUCCAAACAUUGAAUGAGCUACAGGAAGUGGAUCAACCAGUUUCAAAAGUUAGUUCCAGAAAUUAUGCUCCUGUCCACCCGCAGAAAUGGGAACCUCCUCCAGUGGGUGUUUUGAAAUUUAACAGUGAUGUAGCUUGGAGAAGUGGCAAUGCGAAAGCUAUGGUAGCGAUUGUUGUGAGAAAUCACCAUGGAAACCUGAUUGAUGGUCUAGUCAAAGAGUUUUACUGCUCUUCUUCGUUGGUUGGUGAAGCUAAAGCAAUGCUUGAAGCAAUUAGGCUAGCUCGUGAUAUGGGUGCUACUUCAAUCAUCUUGGAGUCAAACUCAUCUAUUCUUCUUUCAUCUAUGAGGAAUGAUCAUAUAUACCCUGCCUAG